AUGGCGUCGAAUACGGUGACCAUUGGUAUCCUCGCAUUGCAAGGUGCAUUCCUAGAGCACCAGCAGACGCUGCAGAAGCUCUCUGCGAAGACUCGCAUCAAGGUCGUGCAAGUCAGGACUCCGGAUGAUCUGUCCCUUUGCGAGGCCUUGAUUAUACCCGGCGGCGAGUCUACAACAAUGGCCCUGUUGGCCCGCUCUUCUGGCCUUCUCGAACCUCUGCGCGAAUUCGUACGAACGAAAGUCGUCUGGGGUACUUGUGCUGGAGCUAUCCUAUUAUCUAAGACUGUAACCAACGCGAAGAAGGGCGGUCAGGAGUUACUCGGCGGCAUCUCGGUCAACAUCGCCCGCAACGGCUGGGGCUCUCAAGUUGAGUCAUUUGAAGCACCGCUUGAGAUCGAAGGACUCAAGGAUCCCGACCGGCCCUUCAUGGGUAUCUUCAUUCGGGCACCCGUCAUCUUGUCUCUGGCGCAGGAACCCGGCGCUCCGCCUAUCCAGGUUAUUGCUCGACUACCAGAGCACCUACUCCCACCCACUUUAUCUGACCAAGGUCCUGAUCAAGCCAUUGUGGCCCUACGCCAAGGACGUCAUCUACUGACCACCUUCCACCCCGAACUUACACAAGAUAGCCGCUUUCAUCUAUACUUCGUGAAAGAAUGUGUACUUCCCUUCGUCGGUAUAGAUUCGCAGACUGUCAAGACGCCUCCAGGCUGA